UCCUACAGAGGAUGUUGACAGCAUCCUUUUUGGGAGUAUUUUGCAUAUUGUGAGGAAUAUUCGUCGGACGUCUUUUCACUGGAUCGAAGGAAAAUUAAUGUCUGCUUCUUUCCCCUGGGUGGUAUGGACUGACUAGCUUUUAAAAAGUCUCAUUAAGACUCACAACCAUCGUCUGCUCUGGAGUUACCCACUCUCUUAUGCCUGUAUGUCUCUGUGGUUUUGUGAUUGAAGCUACAGGACACAAGUCAGACAUAGAGAAAUAUAUAUUUUUAAAAACUAUCAAAGACAAAAGAGGACACAGCAAACAAGUAGCAGCAGCCAUGUCUCAGUGGAGGCACCAUUCAACAAUUUGGUCCGGGCUCAUCCCAACCACCAAAAACAAGAGCAGAAAGAUCGGAUCGGAGCAAUUUGGAGGUUCAUUUGAUAUGGGCUGGUGGAUGUCCACACUAAUAUGGAUGGGAAUCCUGCUUCUACAGGCCUGUCCGUCUGCUGUUGUGGCUCAAAAACUAGAUGAGAAUGAUCCGGUGGUUACCACUGUCAACGGCAAGGUGCGUGGCAUCAAGAAGGAGCUCAACAAUGAGAUCCUCGGCCCGGUCAUCCAGUUUCUUGGCGUCCCGUAUGCCGCACCGCCUACUGGUGAGCGCCGCUUUCAACCUCCCGAGCCACCAGUGCCAUGGUCAGACAUCCGCAACGCCACGCACUUUGCCCCCGUGUGUCCUCAGAGCAUUGUGGAGGGACGCCUGCCGGAUGUAAUGCUGCCAGUGUGGUUUACCAAUAGCAUCGAUGUGGUCUCCACUUAUGUUCAGGACCAAAGUGAGGACUGUCUUUUUCUCAACAUCUACGUUCCAACUGAGGAUGGUCCCCUUACAAAGAAACACACUGAUGAUUUAAGUGAUAGUGACCGCACGGACGAUGAAGACAUCAGAGAGAGUGGAAGCCCCAAGCCAGUGAUGGUUUUUAUCCACGGAGGAUCCUACAUGGAAGGAACUGGGAAUAUGUUUGACGGCAGCAUCCUGGCCAGCUACGGGAAUGUGAUUGUCAUUACGGUCAACUACCGCCUGGGCGUUCUAGGUUUCCUGAGUACUGGUGACCAAUCAGCCAAAGGGAAUUAUGGUUUGUUGGAUCUGAUCCAGGCUCUGCGUUGGACCAGUGAGAACAUCGCAGCUUUCGGUGGUGACCCAUUACGCAUCACGGUGUUUGGCUCAAGUGCUGGAGCAUCGUGUGUGAACCUUCUCACCCUGUCCCACUAUUCUGAAGGCAACCGCUGGAGCAACUCCACCAAAGGUCUGUUCCAGAGAGCCAUAGCUCAGAGCGGCACAGCGCUGUCCAGCUGGGCUGUCAGUUUUCAACCAGCCAAAUAUGCCCGCAUGCUGGCCCGUAAGGUGGGUUGCAACCUAGAGGACACCAUGGAACUUGUGGUCUGCUUACAAAAAAAACAUUACAAAGAACUUGUGGAUCAAGACAUCCAGCCAGCCCGCUACCACAUAGCCUUUGGCCCAGUUAUAGAUGGUGAUGUUAUACCUGAUGAUCCACAGAUACUGAUGGAGCAAGGUGAAUUCCUCAACUAUGAUAUAAUGUUAGGAGUGAACCAGGGUGAGGGCCUUAAAUUUGUGGAGCUUAUUGUCGACAACGACAAUGGUGUCCAGGCCAAUGACUUUGACUACGCCGUGUCCAGCUUUGUUGAUGACCUUUAUGGUUACCCAGAGGGUAAAGACAUCCUACGAGAGACUAUCAAGUUCAUGUACACAGACUGGGCUGACAAACACAACCCGGAGACCCGCAGGAAAACUCUACUGGCUCUUUUCACUGAUCAUCAGUGGGUGGCACCUGCUAUUGCCACGGCUGAUCUUCACUCCAGUUUUGGAUCGCCGACCUACUUCUAUGCCUUCUACCAUCAUUGUCAAACAGAACAGGUACCACCAUGGGCAGAUGCAGCGCAUGGAGAUGAGAUCCCAUAUGUGUUUGGGCUGCCAAUGAUUGGACCCACAGAACUCUUUCCUUGCAACUUCUCCAAGAAUGAUGUGAUGCUAAGUGCUGUAGUUAUGACCUACUGGACAAACUUCGCCAAAACAGGGGACCCAAACCAACCUGUCCCCCAGGAUACCAAGUUCAUCCACACAAAGCCCAAUCGUUUUGAGGAGGUGGCAUGGACACGCUACAACCAGAAAGACCAGCUAUACCUGCACAUUGGCCUGAAACCUCGAGUCAAAGAGCAUUAUCGGGCUAACAAGGUCAACUUAUGGUUGGAGUUGGUUCCUCAUCUACACAGCCUAAAUGAAGUCACGCAGCCCAUCCCAACCACUACCAAGAUUCCUCCACCGGAGGCCACUAACCGCACACCAAAGACCAAAGUUCUGGUGACCAAGCGGCCUAACCCAACUCCAUUUCCCACUGAGACCCAGGACAGUCACAACCAGCCUCAUCUUGUGGACCAGCGCGACUACUCCACAGAGCUGUCAGUGACCAUAGCUGUGGGAGCCUCCCUGCUUUUUCUCAAUAUUCUAGCCUUUGCUGCUCUUUACUAUAAAAAGGACAAGCGAAGGCACGAUGUCCACAGGCGCUGUAGCCCCCAGCGGAGUGCUGCUAAUGAUCUGGCCCACACUCAGGAGGAGGAGAUCAUGUCCCUGCAGAUGAAGCAGCACUCUGACCUGGACCGGGACUGCAGGGCAGUGGGAGACUCUCUGCACUCGCACGAUGUAGUCCUGAGGACUGCUUGUCCACCAGACUACACCUUGGCCAUGAGACGCUCCCCAGAUGACAUCCCGCUUAUGACGCCAAACACCAUAACUAUGAUCCCCAGCACCAUGGGAGGACUCGCCUCACUUCACUCUUUUAACACCUUUCCCAACAAUGGGCAGAACAACACCCUGCCUCACGCGCACCCACACUCACAUUCCACCACCCGAGUAUAGCCCACUGAAUCAGCCAAGCAGGCCGGACUCUGAAGGCCCCGGUGGAAAUCUAACGGUGCAGCCGUGCCACAGAUCUGAGGCCGACUUGCCAACAAACACAAAUCUGUCUGGAGCUGAAAAGCCAGCCUGGAGUUGCCAAACGCCCAUGGGAUUACACUGGGAAUAUACCACACCCUGUUAAUACUAGAGGGAACAUAGCGAAGGAUUUCAAAGACUUUAAACAAGACGAUUAAAAAAAAAGUUAGUUUUUUUUUUCUUUUUGUACAAAAGUUAAAGACACAAAAAUACACACAAAGCGUGAGGGCAGAACAAGCUCCCACAAGCUAACAGAAAGAGGAGGAUGUUUUUAUUAUUAUUUUUGUUCUGAUAUUGCAGCAAAACAAGUAACAGUAAAACACUUUUUUCUCUCUAGUGACAGUUAUGGCCUUUGGGAUUUUUUUUGACAAACGACUGCUUGACAGUAUUAUCUAGAAGCAGAGCAGAGCAUCAGACACGCCUUGGAG